GGAGAGAAAGAGGAGGGGGCGGAGUUGGAGGAAGAGAUGCAAGUUCUUGAGGCGAGAGCGAGGCGCGUAGCAGGUUGCAGUUCAUCGGCGGGCCAAGAUCUGAAUUCUUGCAGCUAAACAUUCCGGAGCUUCCACUAUGUCAUCGAGGCCAUUUGAAAGUCCUCCACCUUAUCGACCCGAUGAAUUCAAACCUUCACAUUAUGUACCAAGCAAUAACGCGUAUGGUGGUGAAUUCCAUUCUCAGCCAAUGUACUCUCAGCCUGCAUAUUCCUAUUAUCCGGAAGAGGAAGUUCAACACUUCUACAGAUGGUCCUCCCCUCCAGGAAUAAUCAAGAUCAUGUCGGUUCUCAUAAUAGUGAUGUCCAUUGGCAUCUUUGCAUGUGUUGCAUCCACAUUGGCUUGGGACAUGGAUAUGUAUGGAACUGGUCUGGGAACUGGCCUGGGAACUGGUCUGGGAAGCGGCUAUGGCUAUGGUAUGGGAACUGGCUAUGGCUAUGGUAGCUCCUUCGGUGGCUUUGGAAGUUCUUAUGGCUAUGGCUAUGGAGGAAAUUAUAUUGAUCCACGAGGAGCAAAAGGCUUCAUCAUUGCAAUGGCAGCUCUUUGCUUUAUUGCUGGAUUAGUGGUUUUUGUAACGGGCGUUACCAAGACUAGCAUAGCCAGGUCAAGGAUGUAUUACCUCCUCCUGAUAAUAGGAAGCUCCAUCUUCCUCUUUUUGAUGUUUAUUGCGGCCAUUGUAUAUACACUAGCAGUGAACCCAACUGCACAAGCUUCUGGAUCGAUGUACUACAAUCAGAUUUAUGCCAUGUGCAGCUCCUUUUACUCUCCUACAACCACUGGAGUCUUUGUGAAUCAGUACUUGUAUCACUACUGUGUGGUGGAACCUCAGGAGGCUAUUGCCAUUGUAUUGGCCUUCCUUCUUGUUGUAGCUUUUGCCAUAAUAAUAUUCUUUGCAGCAAGAACCCGAAGUAAAAUGAAUUACUAUGGCAAAGUGAAUAUCCUGUGGGACCAUGUAAAAACUUAUGAAGAGACUCCCAAUGUAGAAGACUGGGUGAAGAACAUAAAUCCGGAGCCAGUAAUACCUACCCCUGUAGCUGACUAUACAGAUCGAGUUGCCAGUUCUGUGGGCUACUCGGUUUCUGAUGUUCCUGUACAACAGAUCUAUAAUGACAAUGGCUACAGAGCUACUCCGAUACCUGAUGUGAAUUUAACAAAGAGCCCAAUGCCACCUCAGUAUGCCAACACUAGCAGUUACAAUGGGUCAGCUAAGGAGCCAGCACAAAAAGGAAGAGCAGGAAGAGCAAAGAGAACCUACACCGAGAACUAUGAUGCAGAUUAUACCACUGGAGGAGAGUCUUGUGAUGAACUGGAGGAGGACUGGGACAGGGAAUAUCCACCUGUAUCAUCCGAUCAACAAAGGCAAGCAUACAAGCGAGAUUUCGAUGCAGGUCUACAAGAAUACAAGCGGUUGCAAGCAGAGCUUGAUGAAAUCAGCAGAGAAAUUUCUCGUCUUGAUAAAGAAUUGGAUGACUACCCUGAAGACAGUGAAGAAUAUAGGUCUGCUGCUGAAGAAUACAACCGACUGAAGGAUAUAAAGGCAUCAGCAGACUAUAAGAACCGCAAAGCUCACUGCAAGGUACUAAAGAGCAAACUGUCACACAUCAAGAGGAUGGUCAGUGAUUAUGACAGACGAAAGUCAUAACAAGAAGAAAGA